AGCGUGGAAAGGUGGUUCUUUUCGUUCGAUGCUUUGUUGGAUGUGGAUCGCAAAUUAAUAUCCAUUUUAAUCCACAACGUAGAAACCUUUAAUACCAUUUAAAUAUGACUGAAACUCUUCAAUUGAGGGGAACACUUCGGGGGCAUAAUGGAUGGGUCACCCAAAUUGCUACAAAUCCAAAAUAUCCGGAUAUGAUAUUGUCUUCCUCACGUGAUAAGACUCUAAUAGUAUGGAAAUUAACACGUGAUGAAGCCAAUUAUGGAAUUCCGCAAAAGCGUUUGUACGGUCACUCUCACUAUAUUAGUGAUGUAGUUCUGUCAUCCGAUGGAAAUUAUGCUCUGUCUGGUUCAUGGGACAAAACUCUUCGUCUGUGGGAUUUGGCUGCAGGACGUACCACAAGAAGAUUUGAAGACCAUACCAAGGAUGUUUUAAGUGUUGCCUUCUCUGUGGAUAAUCGUCAAAUUGUCUCUGGUUCGCGAGACAAGACAAUUAAACUGUGGAAUACCUUAGCAGAGUGCAAGUACACUAUUCAAGAAGAUGGACAUACAGAUUGGGUUAGCUGUGUGCGUUUUUCUCCAAAUCAUUCAAAUCCCAUCAUUGUUUCUGCAGGUUGGGAUAAAUUAGUUAAGGUAUGGAAUUUAACCAACUGUAAACUAAAGAUCAACCACAGUGGGCACACUGGAUAUCUCAAUACAGUUACAGUGUCUCCUGAUGGUUCGCUUUGUGCUUCUGGUGGCAAGGAUUGCAAAGCUAUGCUGUGGGAUUUAAAUGAUGGAAAACAUCUGCAUACUCUAGAUCAUAAUGAUAUCAUAACAGCUUUGUGCUUUAGUCCUAAUCGCUACUGGCUGUGUGCUGCAUUUGGACCAUGGAUCAAGAUAUGGGAUCUUGAAACCAAAGAAAUGGUUGAGGAAUUAAAACCUGAAGUAGUAUCUGCGACAAGUAAAGCAGAACCUCCUCAUUGUUUAUCUUUAGCGUGGUCUACUGAUGGACAAACACUGUUUGCUGGGUAUUCUGACAAUACUAUUCGCGUUUGGCAGGUUUCUGUAUCUAGCCAUUAAGUACUUUGUAUAAAAGUGAAAUAAUAAAAAAAAAAAGAGUGAAA